ACACAACCAACCAGCGAAUCACACACACCACUCAGGCUUUAGCUCGCUGCUCUCCGCCAUCUUGUACGUGUGACCGAGGGACAAGGAGAGAGGCUCCGAGGCAUGGCUGCUCCGAGGCUCGCGACGCUGGCGCUGGCCGUGCUCCUGGCGGCGACCCUGGCGGCUCCCCCGGCCGCGGUGCGCGCGGCCAUGUCAUGCACCACGGUGUACAACACCCUGAUGCCGUGCCUGCCGUUCGUGCAGAUGGGCGGCGCGAUGCCCCCGCAGCCGUGCUGCGAUGGCAUCCGCAACCUGCUGCGGCAGGCCAGCAACACCCCCGACCGCCGCACCAUCUGCGGCUGCCUCAAGAACGUCGCCAACAGCGCCGCCGGCGGCUCCGGCACGUACAUCGACCGCGCUGCCGUGCUGCCCAGCAAGUGCGGCGUCUCCCUGCCCUACAAGAUCAGCACCAGCGUCAACUGCAACACGAUUAACUGAGGCGUCCUGUGCGCUCCCCGGGUGAGGAAUGCAUGCCGGAGAAUAAUAAAAUGCCGCUAGUGUUUAAGCUAGAAUGGACUAGAUCGAGAUGGUAUGCGUCUCUAGUCGUUGCUGGUGUUUAGGAAUCGUCUGAAGUUCCUCAUGGUGUGUCGUGGAUGUCCCGGCGAGCAGAGUAGUCAUGGACCUAUGUUUUCUUCCGUGUAUUGUGGCUAUGCAUUUCCUCGUGAAAGUACCUAUCAUUGCAGUAUCAUGGCCGUGUGCUUUUGUCACCGUGUGACUAUAAAAAAAAUACAUGAAACUGAA